AUGAGCUGGCAAACACUCGAACAUGAUAGCGAAUAUGAAAUUUUCACUGAAUUUCCUUAUACUAUAAGACGAAUAUCUAAUAAAAGAGUUGUAAGUGAAUUUGACGAGGGGGAUGGUUAUAUUUGUGUUAAUCUUAACAAACAUAAACUAUUUAAACAUAGAAUAGUUGCUGAAACUUUCAUUCCUAAUCCUGAUGGGCUUCGUGAAGUCGAUCAUAUAAAUAGAGAUAGAGGAGAUUAUCACAUUUCAAAUUUACGAUGGACUUCGAGAAAAGAAAACAUGAGAAAUAUAUCUGGUUCUAAUGGUUAUUGGUUUGAUAUUAUUGAUUCACUUCCUGAAGACGCGGUUGAAAUCAUUCAAUAUUCAAAAUUUACUCUCGAAAAUUACUUUUAUGUCCCGAGUGAAGAUUCAUUUUAUUAUUUCAUGGGAACUCAAUAUAGAAAAUGUAAUGUUUUGCGUCAGUACAAACAAGAUUAUAUAAACAUUACUGAUGUAGAAGGAAGAAGAACAAAAUUAUCUAUUGCAAAAUUUAAGAAAGAUAAUGGUUAUGCAUAA